AAAUGAAUGAAGUAGAAAUCUCAAGCAAAAAUGAUACAGAGAUUUUAAGAAUUAUCAAUGAUUACAUAAAACAAGGAUAUUAAGUUUUUCUUUAAAAAAGAUGCACAGACAAAUUUAUUAUGUAAACAGAAUAUAUAGUAUUAAUUUAACUUAUAAUUCAAGACUCCUGGAGUAUUAGAUAUUGAUAAUUCAUAAGUUUUUAUUUAAAACACACUAGAGGCAGAAGAUUAAUAAAAACAUAGUGAAAUUAGUAAAAUCGAUAAUAAAUAAUUUGAAUAAUCAAGAGAUUGUAGUAUUAAUGAUUAAUGUGAAAAAUUGGCAGAGACUAUGCAAAAAUAACUUUGUUUAUUUUCUAGAGAUUCUUUAAUAUUUAUUCCUAGAUAAACAAUCACUGAUUUCAAUAAAAUUUUAAGUCCUUAAGUAAAAGAAUAGAAUGAUGAAACAUUAAUGAAAUUAUAUUAAAUGUUAUAAAAAGGAAUAAUAAAUGAAUAGGAAGGAUAAGUAGAAUUAGCUAUUGUAUAUUUAUAUAUAUAUAUAUAUUUUGUAGAAAUAAUUUACAUAACUUAUAUAAGAGAUAGAAUAAAUGAUGGAGGAUCUUCAAAUUAGUAAUCUAAUUAAUGUUAUUUAUGUUGAAGCACUUUUAAUUUUAGGUUUACUUUAAUCUCGAAUAAGUCAAUAUUAACAAGGAAAAAAGUUUAAAUUUAAUUAUAUAAUUUAAGGAACUUUGAAAAAUGUUUAAGAUUAUUCAUUAUAAAGGAUCAAAUCUUAUUGGCCAAAAUAUAUUUGAGAGUGGGUUAGAAUUGUCAACAAUUAUUUAGUUAUUAAAAAGCAAUUGAUUAUUAUGUUUAAGCUCUAGUAAUCUAUGAAAUCUAUCAAUUAAAAAUUGAAAUCUCUUUAACAAUAUCAUAUAUUGGAAUUGUUUAUGCUCAUCUAGGUAAUCAUGAUUUAGCCAUUAAAUUGGGAAUGUAAGCUAUUAUUGAAAUCAAAAAAAUUGUCAAAAAAGAUUCUUUUAUUAUGGGUCAAUUGUAUCAUGCUCUUGGAGAAAUGCAUUAUUUCCAUCAUGAUUUUGAAGAUGCUUUAGAGUGUUUUGAUGCUGCCUAUGAUAUUAAAAUUCAAUAUCCAAAAGAAAGACUAUCUUAAAUUUUGACAAUUAAUUAUUUAGCAAGUAGUUGUUAUCAUUUAGGUGAAUAUAAAAAAGCUUAAGAAUUAUAUGAAAUUUCAUUGAGUUAAAUUACAGAGAAAUCAACAUUAAUAGAAGCUCAAAUUCUAAACAAUCUUGGAAUGACAAAAAUUGCUUAAAACAUAAACGCAAAAAAUGAUUUAGAUAGAGCGAUCUCUAUUUAUUUAAUUUAUUUUUCUGAAACUCAUCCAUCUGUAAGAAGAGCGUUGAGAAAUCUUAAGCUUUAAAAAUGA